GAUAUGAAGAAACGUGAGUUGAUAUUGAUGUUUGCUUGCGAGAUUAUCAUAGCAGCUGCUGGAGUGGACGUGGACACUACGUGCGCCGCAGAAAAGGGAGAAAUGGGUGCACCUGGUUUACCGGGCUCCCGUGGAGUGAGGGGUUACAAAGGUGACAAGGGAAACGAUGGAGUAAAAGGUGCUACUGGAAUAAAAGGAGAUGCGGGAGUAAGAGGUGGUCCGGGUACUCGCGGACCUCAAGGAUCUCGGGGCUCAACGGGUGAGACAGGUAAACCAGGGUUGAACGGAAUGGUUGGACCCAAAGGUUCUUUUGGGUCUCCAGGACGUGAAGGUCCGGUAGGACCACCUGGUUUACCCGGUUCUAAAGGAAACCAAGGAGACAAAGGAAACAAGGGUAAUGUUGGGUCAAGAGGUAUUGCAGGGUCUGAUGGAGAUCCUGGUCCGCCAGGUCACACAGGUCCGUCUGGAGUUCGUGGUUAUAAAGGAGAUAAAGUUAGCAUCAAAUAGGAAUGUUUGAAUGUGAUUAAUUGUUUACCACUUGUUAGGGUCCACGAGGCUUAACAGGCCACAAGGGAGAGAGAGGACCACAAGGAAUUGCAGGCCCUGCUAUUGAUGAAGAAACGAGAUCAAUUAUGAAAACAUGUUGUGAUCCUGUUAAUGCUCUCAAGGCUCAAAUGGUUUCUCUGGAAUCAAAACUAAACACAAAAAUUUCUGCUUUGGAGAGUCAACUGCAGAAUGUUACAACUACUAAUCAACCAGCGGCUCACUUGUCAGGAGGGGGGAGCAGAGGUGUUUACA